AUUUCAAUUCAAGCAUUCAAAAUUGCAAUUGGCCAACCCAGUCUGCAAGACAAAGAAAUCCCCCGCCAACUCCAACUUGUACACAAUUUAAUGAAAAAAUCUGGAAAAUCAAGAGGAACAAGAGAAACCCAUUUUUAAAAUGCAGAAAGAAAAUGUCCUAGAACAAAUGUUCCUGCAAUGCUGGCUGUCUAGAUUAUUGGGACAAGAUAUCAAACAGUUAGAAGGCAGAAGACUUUUGAUUGGUCGGUAGGUUUAGUUGGUCCCGCCAUAUCCGAUGACUUCACUUAUAAAACUUCCGAACAUACAGUAGUUUGUAUCUGUAUAUAAUGAAGCGGCUGUGUUGCUGCUUCAGACGUCGAAUUCCGAAGCAAUUUUCGGAGAACAGUCCCUCGCAGAGUUCGAAAGUAGAUAUGGAGAACCCAUCAGAGGGCAAUGCCAAUAAUGCGUUCCAAUCUGAGAAUUUAGAGGAAAAUGUGAGGACAAUGAGGAACAGUUCUGAUAGUAAUAUCAUCCAUAACCAUGACUUCUCUAGGGGGCUUCAUUCAUGGCAUCCGAAUUGUUGUGAGGCCUAUGUGAUCUCAGCUUACUCAAGUAGCAUUGAAGGAAACUCGCCCAAACCUGGCACUUAUGCUGUCAUUACAAACCGGAAGGAACCUUGGCAAGGCUUGGAGCAAGAUAUAACAAGCCAAGUCUCUACUGGUUCCACAUAUACAGUGUCUGCACGUGUUGGUGUAUCAGGUGCUCUUCAGGGAUAUGCUGAUGUCCUAGCAACAUUAAAACUGGAAUACAGGAACAUGGAUACUAGCUACUUGUUCAUUGGAAGAAGGUCUGUUUUGAAAGAUUGCUGGGAGAAUUUAGAAGGCACAUUCUUGCUGUCGACAAUGCCUGAUAGGGUGAUAUUUUAUCUGGAAGGGCCUUUACCCGGUGUGGACCUGCUUAUAGAAUCAGUAGUAGUCUCUUGUUCUAGCUCCAGUUGGUGUAAUAGCCAGAGCAAAGGAUCUCCAUUGUUUGAAGAAGAGAACAUCAUAACAAAUUGGAAGUUUGACGAUGGUCUUAAUGGUUGGUCUGGUAGAGGCUGCAAGGUUGUUUUGCAUGACACAAUGGCAGAUGGCAAAAUUGUUCCACAAUCUGGGAAAUUGUUUGCAUCUGCUACAGAACGUACUCAGAGCUGGAAUGGCAUUCAGCAGGAGAUAACAGGGAAAGUAAACCGGAAGCUUGCUUAUGAGGUUAGUGCGGUAGUUCGCAUAUAUGGUAACAAUAUAACCAAUGCAGAUGUUCAGGCGACAUUGUGGGUUCAGGCUGCAGACAUGCGCGAGCAGUACAUAGGCAUUGCAAAAGUGAAGGCAACAGACAAGGAUUGGGUGCAGAUGCAAGGAAAAUUUCUUCUUAAUGGUUCGCCAUCGAGAGUAGUGAUUUACUUAGAAGGUCCACCUCCGGGCACUGAUAUCCUUCUUAAUAGCUUGGUGGUAAAACAUGCGGCUAAAGUACCUCCUUCACCUCCUCCGGUAAUCGAGGAUGUAGCUUUCGGUGUUAAUAUCAUUGCCAACAGUGACCUUAAUGAUGGCACAAAUGGGUGGUUUCCACUUGGCAACUGCACUCUUAGCGUUGGAACUGGCUCACCACAUAUAAUUCCUCCCAUGGCUAGAGAUUCUCUUGGAGCUCAUCAGCCACUAAGUGGUCGCUACAUCCUUGUGACAAAACGCACCCAAACAUGGAUGGGUCCUGCUCAGAUGAUUACUGACAAAGUAAAACUCUACGUGACAUAUCAAGUAUCCGGGUGGAUUCGAAUUGCUCCUGGCCCUACUAGCCCCCAGAGUGUGAACGUUGCUCUUGGUGUGGAUGACCAAUGGGUUAACGGCGGACAAGUUGAGAUUCGUGAUGAUAGAUGGCAUGAAAUUGGUGGGUCAUUUAGAAUUGAAAAACAACCUGCUAAGGUGAUGGUUUAUGUUCAGGGUCCUGCUUCGGGCAUUGACUUCAUGGUUGCUGGACUGCAAAUAUUUCCAGUUGACAGGCAUGCCAGGUUUAAAUCCUUGAGGAGACAAACAGAUAAGAUACGAAAGCGUGACAUCAUCUUGAAAUUAUCAGGAUCAGAUUCUGGCAGUUUGCUUGGUACCUUAAUCAGAGUAAAACAAACUCAAAACAGCUUUCCCUUGGGAUCAUGUUUGAUGAGAACAAAUAUGGACAAUGAAGACUUUGUUGAUUUCUUUGUCAAACAUUUUAAUUGGGCAGUCUUUGGAAAUGAACUGAAGUGGUAUUGGACGGAAGCACAGCAAGGAAACUUUAAUUAUAAGGAUGCCGAUGAACUCUUGAACCUCUGUACCAGCCACAACAUUCAAGUCCGUGGGCAUUGCAUCUUCUGGGAGGUUGAGAACACAGUUCAGCAAUGGAUACGCAAUUUGAGUCAAAGUGACUUGAAGACUGCCGUUCAAAACCGUCUUACAGGGCUUCUUACACGCUACAAGGGUAAAUUCCGACACUAUGAUGUGAACAAUGAGAUGAUGCAUGGCUCAUUCUAUCAAGACCGGUUGGGCAAAGACAUCCGGGCAGACAUGUUCAAGACUGCAAACCAACUAGACCCAUCUGCUAUCCUAUUUGUGAAUGAUUACCAUGUCGAGGAUGGUUGCGACACCCGGUCAUCACCAGAAAAGUACAUAGAGCACAUACUUGACCUCCAGGAGCAGGGUGCACCUGUUGGAGGAAUAGGUAUUCAGGGGCAUAUAGAUAGUCCAGUGGGACCUGUUGUCUGCUCUGCACUUAAUGAUUUAGGUAUUCUUGGGCUUCCAAUCUGGUUCACGGAACUUGAUGUGUCUUCUGACAACGAGCACAUUAGGGCCGACGAUUUGGAAGUAAUGCUUCGGGAAGCUUUUGCUCAUCCAGCAGUAGAUGGUGUUAUGUUGUGGGGAUUCUGGGAACUGUUCACGAGCAGGGAAAACUCUCAUCUAGUGAAUGCAGAAGGUGACCUAAAUGAAGCGGGUCGGAGAUAUCUUGCCCUUAAGGAGGAGUGGUUGUCCCAUGCUCACGGCCAUAUUGAUGAACAGGGACAAUUCUCCUUCAGAGGAUUUCAGGGAUCAUAUCAAGUGGAAAUUUUCAGCACCAAAGGAAAAGUCAUCAAGACAUUUGCUGUUGACAAGGGCGAGGAACCGCUGAUAAUAUCCAUAGACCUAUAGUUUACUAAUUCAGACAAUUAAGAUAACGACUGCUUGUGUUUGUAAUACUGUAAUACUGUGGUGUAAAGUACAAAAAUGUGGUGGUGGUCUUGCUGUCUGUAAAUGGUUGUAAAUGUUCCUUUUGCAAAGGUUUGACAUGUUGCUUCUGUUCCUACUUUUUACAGUCAAAUAAAUGAGUAAAGAUCUAUCUUUUCCUCUUUCUUUUUUA